GAAGGUGGUGGCGGCCCUGCGCGGGGGGAGGGGGGCGCUGACCCGGAUGUUCACUCCUGGGCACCCGGGGAAGUGGAAGCGCUGGGCCCUGCUGCGGGGGGGAGAGCCACAGACGCCGGGACCGGGACCGCCGCCGCCGCCGCCACCAUGAGUGACCAGCAGCUGGACUGUGCCUUGGACUUGAUGAGGCGCCUGCCUCCACAGCAAAUCGAGAAAAACCUCAGCGACCUGAUCGACCUGGUCCCCAGUCUAUGUGAGGAUCUCCUGUCUUCUGUUGACCAGCCACUGAAAAUCGCCAGAGACAAGGUGGUGGGAAAGGAUUAUCUUUUGUGUGACUACAACAGAGAUGGGGACUCCUAUAGGUCACCAUGGAGUAACAAGUAUGACCCUCCUUUGGAAGAUGGGGCCAUGCCUUCUGCUCGACUGAGAAAGCUGGAGGUGGAAGCCAACAAUGCCUUUGACCAGUAUCGAGACCUGUAUUUUGAAGGCGGCGUCUCAUCUGUCUACCUCUGGGAUCUGGAUCAUGGUUUUGCUGGAGUCAUCCUCAUAAAGAAGGCUGGAGAUGGAUCAAAGAAGAUCAAAGGCUGCUGGGAUUCCAUCCACGUGGUGGAAGUGCAGGAGAAAUCCAGCGGUCGCACCGCCCAUUACAAGCUGACCUCCACGGUGAUGCUGUGGCUGCAAACCAACAAGUCUGGCUCUGGCACAAUGAACCUCGGAGGCAGCCUUACCAGACAGAUGGAGAAAGAUGAAACCGUGAGCGACUGCUCCCCGCACAUAGCCAACAUCGGGCGCCUGGUAGAGGACAUGGAAAAUAAAAUCAGAAGUACGCUGAAUGAGAUCUACUUUGGAAAAACAAAGGACAUCGUCAAUGGGCUGAGAUCUGUUGACGUUAUCCCCGACAACCCCAAGUUUCAGCAGCUGCAGAGGGAGCUUUCCCAAGUGCUGACGCAGCGCCAGAUCCACAUCCAGCCUGAUAAUUAAGCCGCUCCAGGUACCCUGCCUGCGAGGCGUGCGCGCCCGCCCACUAAACAGGACUCACCAACCCGCCGACACCGCCCGACCACUUACACCCCACUAACCCUGUGUCUCCCGGCUGCCAGCAGCCACGUUAACGUGUAGAUUCGCCCCACGUAACAUGGACCCGUAUCACGCGUGUGUGUGUGUGCGCGCUUUGCACUCUGGGCUGGGGCGGUGUGAGGCAGGUGGGCGGUUUGGGCUUCUGCUCCUGAAGAAGCCCAGUCCAGGGGAUGCCUUUGCCUCCCCAUCAAAGCCGCUCGUCUGCCUGCUCUGAUGGCCCUGCCUUCCGCUCCGCCCGCGGCUUUGGGGCAGCCUCUGAAUCUGCUGUAGACGGGGCCUUGCCAGCUCUUCCACCAAGGACCCCAGAAGCCAAAUAAGCCCCCUUCUCAGUGGGAGAGGGUCUGUUAGGGGCCAAGGACCCCGCAGACCCGUUGCCUCUGGAGCUGCUGGGACCAGCAUAACCCUCCGCCCCUAACGAGCUGCAGCUGUCCUCUUAGAUGCCUGACGCUGCCGGAAAGGAGAGCAGUCUUGCUUGUUGACAGUGGCUGAGAACCGUGACUUGAGCUUGUGACAAAUGCAGAUGUGUGAAAGCAGCCAGCAUCCCGGAGCGGAGGAGGCAAACUGGUUUUUACAGAAGGGGUUUGGGAACCGGGCCGGGCAGUGCUGUGGAGCCCAGGGUUGGGGGCUUUCCCCAGGCCCCAGGGGCUGGACUCAGAGGCCCCGACCUGGAAGAGGCUCCGUGGAGUUUUGGGGGCCGUGGGUAGAGGGGCACUUAUGUAACCAGGCGGGGUGCUCUUCUGCAUCCUGGGAUUUCAGCACAGUCUUGUCAGCAUGUGCCAACCUCAGGCCCCAGGCAUCUGUCAGCCUCUGGCCUCGUUCUGGGACAGUCACACUCCCAUCACAGCAUUGAGAAACCCCUUCUGUAAGGUGUUCCACGUGGUGCAGUUUUCUCCCCAGCCCCUCAGCUUUUAGGGUGGGUCUAGAAUCUUUUGGAUCCCUUGCCUGGGCCAGUCCCAUGUCCACCCACUGGAGGCUUUCUGACAGAGACCCUGCCCCCGCCCCUCCCCCCCAGCAGUGGGCAGCCCGGCACCUGCUGUCCAGAAUGGGUCCUCCCUCCUGCUGCCUGGCAGUGACUUCCCCGAGCUCUGUCCCCUCAACAAGUGUCCUGCUCCUCAUACCUCCAGCUGUUCCAAGCCUAACGUCCGUCCCUUACCUGGUUCUAACUCUGGACAUUUCUCCUUUGGGGGCUGGGGGGGCCCCGCUAGCCUGGUGUGCUCCUUCCCAGAAGAGCGACACCCCUACGGGCCAGAGCUGUGUGGGCUGCCUCUGCCCACUGCGUCCUCCCGCUGGGCAUGGUAACCUCCCAUGGGGAGCUUUCCAGUGGUGGUCUUCUGGUGGUUGGAGCCUGAGGGCCACCGGGGCUGGGGUCUGACCCUUCCUUCGGCCUCCACAGAGCAGGGUAGAUCCUCAGAAAUGUGGAUUUCAGCAGUCUCAGCCAAAAACGUCUGCAUUUCUCCUGGGAGUUUUUCACUUGCACACAGGCUCUUUCUUGUCUCUGCCACCUCUUUGCCGUUUCCAGGGUCCUUCCCGUGAUGUUUCUAGGACUCAGCAGCCAGAAUUCCCCUUGGGAUUCUUCCGUUUCUCCCAGGUCCUGCUUCAUUGUACUUCACUCACAGUCGGCAAAGGGGGCUGCUUUUUGGUCCUUCCUUCCUGCUCUUUUUCUCGGUCAGUGCGUAUCAAGCGUGAUUUCGAAGGAGCAGACUGUCCACUGCAUUCCUGAGAGGCAGCCUCCCAAUCUUUCUUUCCACUGCUUUGAAACUCUUGGAAAAUUUAGAAAUAGUUUAAUAUGUUCUUGGUUAACCCACACAUUGGGUACUUCAACCAAGUUAUCAUUCAGAUAAUUGCCGAGGCAUCUCUCUGAGCCUCAGUUUCCUCAUCUGUAGAUUGGGAAUGAUGCUCAGACCCCUCCAGGAUGCUUGUGAGAGUUAAAUGUGUGUGUGAAGCACUUUGUAAAUUGUACAGCCUUUACAAAGCUUAGUUGUGCACUUUGUCGAACCCGACGUAAGUGAACAUUUCCCCUCAGAUCCAGGAUUGGAUGGCAGCGACUCCGGGCCCUAACCCCAGCCCUGUGCUGCCCCUUGAAGUUGCGGCUGAGGGAUUUCCUUGGCCAAGAUGGUGCCUCACAGCAGAAGCAUGAACGUGCUUGCCAUCCAGGUGCCAUUCAGGCCAUGAACACAGUGGGCUCAGAUGUCCAAGGGGCUGAGGACCAGCAUUGCACCCGCCUGCACUUGGGGGAGCAGCGAGUCCCCUGCUGGGCAGGGGAGAGGUCAAGGGGAAGGUUUGUGGCGGGGUCCUCGUGGCCCAGAGUCCUUACCUCUCGGCCCCCGGCCUGAGUCCACCGCUGGUCUGAAGCCCAGAAGGUCUUUGCUACGUCCUGCUUGGAAGCCACUUCUGGUCCAGGCUGAUGUUAGGACCUGUGCCCAGAGGAGUGGGCUAGGGUUCUGGUGGCCAGGUCACCCCAGCCUGGUGCAGAGGUGGCCUCCCCUGUGGUGCCCGGUGAGGUGCUGAGGGCCCGGCCUCGGGCUCCAGGCCCCUCCAUGUCCUGUCGGCCGAGCUCCUGGAGCAGGUGGGGGCUGCAUGGUGGCCCUCAGCCCCUCGCUGCCGCCCUCUUCUGUUCUACCUGCUAAUGACAAUUCUUCU